CCACUCGGCUACAGCUCUCUCCUCCAGGCCUCCGAGGCUUUGGGGCUCCUCCGGCCUCCAGUCAGCUGACGCGGGGGGCGGGGGAGCUGUCAGGCACGCCCCGCCCAGCGUCGCUGGGCCGCGGGGGCCGUGCAGCCAUUGGCCAACACGCCGGGCCGCUUGGGCCCCCGCGCUCCUGUGACAUCAGGAAGCGAUAAAAGGCGGCGGCGGCGCCAGCUCCUGCACAGCUGCACAGCCGUGCUGCGAGCGGCUGCAAGCAAGAAAGCCCUAGAGCCAAAGAGCCGGAGAGCGAGCGGCAGGCGCUUUGCCCCGCGCCUCCCCUCUGCCCCAACGCGCACCUCGCCUGCUUCUCCACCCCGCCCCAGCUCGACACCUCUCGGUCCCGGCGCGGCCGCAGCCCCGAGCUUCGGGGCAGCUCAGGCAGCCUCGGGAGGACUCUCCGGCGCGCCGCCGAGUCCCCAGACAAAGGCUUGGCCGGCGGCCCCGGCCCGCAGCGCCCUCGGCUCCCCGCCUCCCCGGCUUGCCGCUCUUCGCCCCCGCGUUUGGCUCGGCGCGUCCCGGCCGGCCGCAAAGUUUCCCCCGCGGCAGCGGCGGCUGAGCCUCGCUUUAGCGAUGGCCGCGGAGCUGAGCAUGGGGCCAGAGCUGCCCACCAGCCCGCUGGCCAUGGAGUACGUCAACGACUUCGACCUUCUCAAGUUCGACGUGAAGAAGGAGCCGCUGGGGCGUGCGGAGCGUCCCGGCCGGCCCUGCACACGCCUGCAGCCGGCCGGCUCGGUGUCGUCCACCCCGCUCAGCACACCCUGCAGCUCGGUGCCUUCUUCGCCCAGCUUCAGUCCGACCGAACAGAAGACCCAUCUCGAGGACCUCUACUGGAUGGCGAGCAACUACCAGCAGAUGAACCCCGAGGCUCUCAACUUGACUCCCGAGGACGCCGUGGAGGCACUCAUCGGUUCCCACCCAGUGCCCCAGCCGCUACAGAGCUUCGAUGGCUUCCGUAGUGCGCACCACCAUCACCACCACCACCACCCUCACCCUCACCACGGGUACCCAGGAGCCGGCGUGACUCACGAUGAGCUGGGCCCGCACGCUCACCCGCACCAUCACCACCAUCACCAAGCGUCGCCGCCGCCGUCCAGCGCUGCCAGUCCGGCGCAACAGCUGCCCACCAGCCACCCGGGGCCGGGACCGCACGCAGCGGCCGCAGCGACGGCUGCGGGUGGCAACGGGAGCGUGGAGGACCGGUUCUCAGACGACCAGCUGGUGUCCAUGUCGGUGCGUGAGCUGAACCGCCACCUGCGGGGCUUCACCAAGGACGAGGUGAUUCGCCUGAAGCAGAAACGGCGGACCCUGAAGAACCGGGGCUACGCCCAGUCGUGCAGGUAUAAACGCGUCCAGCAGAAACAUCACCUGGAGAACGAGAAGACGCAGCUCAUUCAGCAGGUGGAGCAGCUUAAGCAGGAGGUGUCCCGGCUGGCCCGAGAGAGAGACGCCUACAAGGUCAAGUGCGAGAAACUCGCCAACUCCGGCUUCAGGGAGGCGGGCUCCACCAGCGACAGCCCCUCCUCUCCUGAGUUCUUUCUGUGAGUCGUGGCGGGUCCCGGCCCCCGCCCUUGCCCUGGCCCAGACUCCCUGUCCUGUGUCCCUAACCCUGGACUCCCUGUCCCUGCCAUGGCCCCGGCCUUGACCUAUUUGACUCGAGAGAGAGGGAGGAAGGACGCGAGGGCCACGGGUGACAGGCGGGAGCACGGGUGGGUAGGGAUCCUUGGCUCAGAAGAGAGCGGCUCAAGCCAGCGCAGCCUGCUAGAUUUGGGCAAAGUCAGAGGGACCCGGGCGGGUGGGAGGUCCCGGAGUAACUUUUUCUCCAGGCUGGAAGGCCGCGAGGCCUUUUCCAAGGAGUCGCCAAGGCCGUCUGGACACUUCUGGCUCUGGGAACUUUGUGAGUGCCAGGGCAGCCGAUUCGCAGCCCAGAGCUCAGGUCGCCCCAGGAAGAGCAGAGGAGAGGAGAGGGACUCUGGAGUCCCCGAGGGCGAGAGGCAAGGCUGAGGAAGGAAGAACAGACAAAUCUGUCUGUCCAGAGUCCGGAGAACACUGGCUCUCAGCCGGAGACGCGGGCCUCAGUUAGGACAUUCGGCGCGCGAAGAAAAAAAAAUUUCAUCAGUUUUAUUGCCUGCUCGAUUAUAUAGAAAAAUACGAAAAUCUGCAUUAAAAAUAUUAAUCCUGCAUGCUGGACAUGUAUGGUAAUAAUUUCUAUUUUGUACCAUUUUCUUGUUUAACUUUAGCAUGUUGUUGAUCAUGGAUCUUAACCCCCUUGUUUCUUUGAGUGAGUAGGGAUGCAGUUCCAAAACUCCUGCGGCUGCGAGAGAGCGGAGUUUCAGUCGCCGGCCGGCUUGUAAAUUACCCGCCCGGCCAAACCACACUGAGAACGUAGCAGCAAGCUGAGUCUUUGUUUGGGUUUAUUAUUAUGGCAUUUUUGUUUGUAAGUAAAAAUAAAAAAGAUAGAAAAACAACCAA